GGAGCCUGCAUAGAGAUACAGCUUGGGAGAGGCUGGACAUCCUCACGCAAUCCGUCAUGCUGCUGCUGGCUGCUGCCUUCCUGGUGGCGUUCGUGCUGCUGCUGUACAUGGUGUCUCCGCUCAUCAGUCCCAAACCCCUAAAACUGGCAGGUGCACAUGUAGUGGUGACCGGAGGUUCCAGUGGUAUCGGAAAAUGUGUUGCCAUUGAAUGCUUUAAACAGGGUGCUUUUAUUACUUUGGUAGCACGUGAUGAGAUCAAACUAGUUCAAGCCAAAAAAGAAAUUGAAAAGCAUGCUGUAAAUGACAAACAGGUGGUGUUGUGUAUCUCAGUUGAUGUAUCCAAAGAGUAUAGACAAGUGGAAAAUGUCAUAAAACAGGCUCAGGAAAAACUAGGUCCAGUUGAUAUGUUGGUGAAUUGCGCUGGUUUGGCAAUUGCUGGAAGAUUUGAAGAGAUAGAUAUUAGUCAAUUUUCAAAACUGAUGGAAGUGAAUUAUCUGGGCAGUGUAUAUGCUAGUCGUGCUGUGAUUUCUACCAUGAAGGAAAGGAGACUAGGAAGAAUUGUCUUUGUUUCUUCUCAGGCUGGACAGCUUGGAUUAUUUGGCUAUACUGCAUAUUCGCCUUCAAAAUUUGCCCUCCGAGGACUAGCGGAAGCACUACAAAUGGAGGUUAAGCCAUAUAACGUUUAUGUUACUGUUGCCUAUCCUCCGGACACUGACACACCCGGGUUUGCCGAAGAAAAUAAAUCAAAGCCACUGGAAACCAAGUUAAUUUCAGAGUCCUCAAGCCUUUGCCAACCCAUUCAAGUUGCCAAAGUGAUCGUUGGAGAUGCUAUACAAGGUAAUUUUAACAGUUCUGUUGGAUCUGAUGGCUAUAUGCUUUCUUCUUUAACAUGUGGAAUGUCACCUGUUACUACCAUCACAGAGGGGCUCCAGCAGGUUAUCACAAUGGGACUGUUCCGCACAAUUGCAUUGUUCUACCUUGGCAGUUUUGACAGUAUCGUCCGUCGCUGCAUGAUGCAAAAGCAGAACUGUGAGCAGGUCAAAAAAACAGACUGAGCCCUGGAAUGCCAAGAACUCGAUUCAAAAGCUUGCUGCUAGAAAGCACAUGAUCGAAAGAUAAUCCCACCAUCUGACUAGCGUAUACUGUUCCCAAAAUGGCACUACAUGUCUAAAUGAUGAGGGAAGAGUGUUUUAAAUAUGCUGUGCACCAGCGUGGUACUAUGCAAACUGUGUUGAGAAGUUUAUACUUUGUUUUGUUUUUGUUUCCUUAAA